ACUCCAGACCACCAGAUGCGUGACUAAUAAUCACACCUUUUCCUGAUUGAAAAUAUGUGUAGUAGGAAGCGACGUUUAAAACCAUUAGUCGGCUCUUGUUGCUUGCUGUUAGGGAAAUACGAAAUCACUCGCGUUGUUUUUGAGUAAUUGUAUGUUUGUAAGGACUUACAUGAAACUGUGAAAUGUUUAGAUUAGCGGGAAAAGUCACCAAUUCAAAUGAAAUUUCGUUUAUUUCAUUUAGAGCAAUGGAAGAAGUGAACUCGGCUUUUGUCGGAGACGAUGGGCAAGUGGGGGGCAUUGGCGGGCCCGUAAUGUCACCAAAAUCCCCGUCUUUACAACACGAAAUCGACUAUUCGCCAGCACAGAUAGGAGCUGCUCUUGCCGCUUGUGAAAAGAAAAUGAAAGCGGAGAAUACUAAAAAGUGGAGAAGGCAAACAAACAAUGAAGAAGAAAAGGCGACUGACGACUACAUCAUAGUACCGCCGGAUGGAGGAUAUGGGUGGGUCGUCACGGUGGCCAGUUUUUUGUGCAUUCUAAUUUCAGAUGGCAUGCACUAUUGCUUCGGAUUGAUCAUCUCUGAGGUGGAACGUGUUUUUGACGAACCUGUUGCGAAAGCCGCUUGGAUAUUUUCCAUUUUCAACGCGAUAUCAUAUUUCUCAGGCCCCGUAGCCUCUGCAUUGAGCAACCGGUUCGGUUUUCGUGUCGUCGUCAUAACGGGCAGUUUAUUUGGUUUCGUCGGUCUCCUGACUUCUGCAUUCGCUCAAUCGGUGGAAAAUUUGUUUUUCACUCUUGGUCUUCUUUUUGGAUUUGCAAUUUGUUUGGUGUUCACUCCAAUAAUCGUCAACAUCAGCUUUUAUUUCGACAAAAAGCGUGCUCUGGCUACCGGAAUCGCCAUCUGCGGCUCUGGAGCCGGCACUUUUGUCUUUGCACCUGUUGUUAAUUGGCUAUUAAAAACUUAUGCACUCAGAGGGACAUUUCUCAUUCUGAGUGGGAUUUAUUUGAACUGUGGAGUUUUUGGAGCAUUACUCAUACCGCUGAAAUCUCAACGGCGCAACAAGGUGCGAUCAGAAACAGUUACACUGUUAGAGCAAAAAGAUAUCGAAACAUUGAUGUUCGAGAAAUCUCUGAUUACAAAAGAAAUUGAAUUUAAUUCCAGAAAUAAUCUAAACUUUUUUGAAGAAGAAAAAGUGGACAGCAAAACAAAGAGGGAAAAUGUUAAUCAAAAAUAUUUUUCAAACUUUUCCAAGUUGUUCAAAUUUUCGCUGUUUCGAUCUCCGACUUUUGUUGUCAUUUGCGUUUCUAGUUUCUUCCAAUCUUUCGGAUGGUUGGUUCCUUUCAUGUAUCUGGCAGCUCAUGCGGUUAACAUGGGAAUACCAAACGAGAAGGCGUCGUUUCUUCUAUCGAUUGUGGGAAUCUGUAAUAUGAUAGGACGCAUUAUCAACGGAUGGCUUUCAGACCAUCCUAAGGUUAGCGUGCUCUUUCUCAAUAAUAUGGGUUUGACAGUCUCCGGUUUGUUGAUUAUGGUUUGCCCAUUAUGCAUCUCCUAUUAUCAACUCGUUAUUUUUUCCAUAGCCCUCGGUUUAUUUACGUCCUGCACCGCUGUAACGCGACCGAUUUUACUUGGGGAACUUUUGGGGUUGGAAAAUGUUAACAACGCUUACGGGCUCAUGCUCGUUUUUUUCGGAGUCGCAACCCUCUUCGAAACUCCUACGGCUGGUUCACUACAUGACACUUCGGGUGAUUAUCAUGGAGCUUUUUAUCUUGCUGGAUCUUCCAUCCUUCUGUCCGCGUUUUUAUGUUAUCCUCUUGGCAGAAUUAAUCGCUGGGAGAAGAGAUAACUUUUUCCAGAUUAGAAUGUUUCCA